CCCAAUGUCACCAUCAAUCACCAUCACCACAAUUGAGGCGUUGUAAAGAGUAGAAGUUCUGCUCCUUAUAUACUGUGAUAUCAUUCAAGAUUCGAAACAAAUCAUAUGACCUUGGCCAAGGAAGAAACUCGUCCGUGAGCAUACAAUUAGGACGAGAUGAGUGGACAAACAGCUAAUGAGAUGGAAGUUGACGAAGGCGUUGCCACGAGUGCAAUGGAUACAACUCCGAUAGCCGGCAAUCCUAAGAGUGUUAUGGCCUCAUCCGGUACCAUAGGAUCUGUCUCAAUAAGUUUGCAUCCACUCGUCAUCAUGAACGUCAGUGAACACUGGACCAGGCUUCGGGCGCAAGAAGGAUCUGAUCAAUUGGUAUACGGAGCACUAAUCGGCAAACAAAAGGGACGUAACAUCGAGAUAAUGAACUCUUUUGAGUUGUUAUUCACCUCCAUAGGUGAUGAAGUGAUUAUAGAUAGAGAUUACUACAAUACUAAGGAAGAACAAUUUAAGCAAGUGUUUAGUGAGAUGGAUUUUCUCGGAUGGUACACAACAGGAGAUACCCCAACUGACAGGGAUAUUAGAGUCCACAAGCAAUUGUGCGAGAUCAAUGAGUGUCCUGUUAUGCUAAAGCUAGAUCCAAGAUGCAAACAUUCCGAUCAAUUAUCCGUUUCAAUGUACGAGUCUGUAAUCGACCUGGUCGCUGGAGAAGCUACUAUGUUAUUUGUUCCAUUGACUUAUACACUUGCAACUGAAGAGGCUGAGAGAAUCGGCGUUGACCACGUCGCUAGAAUGUGUACAAACGAUCAAGCGGAAAGCUCGCUAGUGGCAGAACAUCUAACAGCACAGCACAGUGCUAUAAAGAUGUUGAAUUCCAGAGUUAAACUCGUCCUCAAAUAUGUGGAGGCUGUGCAAAGUGGAGAACUUGAAGGAAAUCAUGAGGUUUUGAGGGCAGCUUGUUCACUAAGUCAUCGGUUGCCUGUUCUAAACAGUUCCAAGUUCAGGGCUGACUUUUAUAACCAAUGCAACGACUUUAGCCUAGUGACGUACCUUGGGAUAAUAACAAAAGGCUGCAACGAUAUUAACCAAUUUGUGAAUAAAUUCAACAUUUUGUACGAUAGACAAGGAAUGGGUCGUCGCAUGAGGAGCCUCUUCUUUUGAUAAAUAAAUAACAUUGUUUUUACCUCAA